AUUUACUUUUACGUGUAUAUAAAAAAUGAAAUAAAUAAAUGGAAAUAUGACGGAAGGAGUAAAAAAACAAAAGAUUAUCAUAAUCAUAUUUCUGCUCUGUUGUGCGAAUGAAGCAAAAACAACCUCCGAAGACAUUGGGCAAUAGUAAGAAGUAAGAACGCAGUAAUGUCGGCUGCUUAUUACACUGGAUUUUACUGCUAUUCCUUCGGCCGAUUGUUGCGUAGUCGAAUUAUUACUGCCCAGAUUAUACUGGGUUCCAUUCAUUUCUUCGAAUCUGCACUUGGAUCAUACUUUCCUUCCACGCUUUCUUAGUGCCAUUUAUUGCUUUUUAUUGUCUGAUUUCUGAUUUGGGCUCUUAGAUUUUACUUCUCCUCCCAAUCUAUCUCGCAAGUUAUAUGCUUUUUAUGAUUAUUCUUCGGGCAACAGAGACUAUUGAUGGCAAUUGCGAAGUUUGGUCGGUUGGCUAAACGUUCUUAUAAGUCAUACAAAUCAUUUGGGUUCGGUGUUAAGUUGACUGCUGUUGUGAUCUUGGGUUUGUGUUUUGUAUUUGUUUGGUCUGUGUUUUCCCCAAAUUCGUUUUCUGUGACUGACCGGAGAGACACUUUUGAUGAUAUUGCCGAGCCCGUAUCUGGGCAUCGACCGACGACAACGACAGCUCAUUCUGGGGUUGAAUUGAGGAAGAAAGAAAUCAGGGAUAAUGGUGAAGAAGGAGGUAAGGAAGAGAAGAAGAAGAUUCAGAGUUCGGAAGCUGGAAAAGACAAGAAAAGGAUUAAUGCGUCUCCGCCAUUGAAGCCCUCAAGCAAAGAUCAGAAAAAAGUACCCAAAGUGAAGAAGCACGGAAAUGAUAAUAAUAAUAAUAAAGUAAAGCCUAAAAAAGAAGUUGACGAAGAGAAAGCUCAGGGAGCUACUGAGAGAUCUGAGGAUGAAAAUUUGGAGGAUGAAAAGCAAGAACAGGAUGUCAAUGGAAAUGAGGAAGAGACAGAAAAUGGCGAGGGGAACGAUUCAAAUGAGGAAGGUCAAGUGGAAGGCGAGGCGGAGAAUGGUGAGGGAACCGAGGAAGGCGGUAGUGAUUUGAGUGAUACAUUGGAUGUGGAUGAGGAAAAUGUAGAGAAACUGGAAGAUGAUAGUGCUAACUCCAAGAAAAAGAAGAAGAAUUUGGGGCCAUUAUUUGAUCCCAAUGCGCAAUAUGCUUGGAAAUUGUGUUCCACAAGAAGCAAGCAUAAUUACAUUCCUUGUAUCGACAUUGAAGGUGGCAUAGGAAGGCUGCAGGGUUAUCGGCAUCACGAGAGGAGUUGCCCUAAAACCUCUGUUAUGUGUCUUGUACCCCUUCCCCAUGAUGGUUAUGGAACCCCAGUAACCUGGCCAGAGAGUAAAUUGAAGAUAAUGUAUAAGAAUGUAGCACAUCCAAAGUUGGCUGCAUUUAUCAAGUCACAGGAUUGGGUGAUGGAAGAUGGAGACUAUCUCACUUUCCCCCAGAAUCAGUCAAUACUAAAGGGUGGCAUUCAACACUAUUUAGAAUCCGUAGAGGAGAUGGUGCCCGACAUUGAAUGGGGAAAAAACAUUCGAGUGGUGCUGAAUAUUGGAUGCACAGAUUCAAGCUUUGUUGCUUCCUUAUUGGAAAAGAAUGUGCUGGUACUGACUUUAGGUCUAAAAAAUGACCUAGUGGACCUAGCACAGCUUGCCCUGGAGCGGGGUUUCCCAGCGGUAGUUAGCCCAUUUGCAUUGCGUCGGAUUCCCUUUCCUAGUGGGGUAUUUGAUGCUAUUCACUGUGGUGAAUGCAGCAUAUCCUGGCAUGCUAAUGGGGGCAAGCUUCUUCUUGAGAUUAAUAGAAUUUUGAGGCCUGGAGGAUAUUUUAUCUUGUCAAGCAAACAUAACAGCAUUGAAAUGGAAGAAGCUAUGUCCAAGCUUACGGCAUCUAUAUGUUGGAAUAUCCUGGCUGAUAAAAGCGAUGAAGUGAGUGAUGUAGGUGUUAAAAUUUUCCAAAAGCCGGAAUCAAAUGACAUAUAUGUACUGAGAAGGAAAAAAAUUCCACCUUUGUGCAAAGAAAACGAGAAUCCAGAUGCUGCUUGGUAUGUUUCAAUCAAGACAUGCUUGCAUGCCAUUCCUUCUUCAAUCGAAGAAAGGGGGACUGAGUGGCCGGAGGAAUGGCCUAAGAGGCUUGAAUCUUUUCCUGACUGGAUUAACAAUAAAGAGAAAUUGAUUGCUGAAAAUGAGCACUGGAAAUCAAUUGUAAACAACUCCUAUCUAAAUGGAAUGGGAAUCAACUGGACAACUGUGCGGAAUGUAAUGGACAUGAAAACCAUCUAUGGAGGGUAUGCUAUGCAAGACCUAGAAGGUUUCUGUUGCUUUAAAUUAUGAAUUUUCUUGGGUUUUUCGAAUGGACAGAAGGAAGCCUCAGUUAUAAACUUCAUAAGUAUUUAAGUGCUUUGUGUAGUCUGAGGUUCUUCUCUUUACUUGAUGGUUGUAAUGAAGAUUUGUUGCUCAAAAGAAAAUGUUGUCUCUGAUGGCUAUUCAUGAUGACAGAUUUGCAGCUGCUUUGUCACAACAAAAUGUCUGGGUGAUGAAUGUAGUCCCUGUGCAUGCACCAGAUACACUUCCCACAAUAUACGAACGCGGCCUCAUUGGUAUUUAUCAUGACUGGUGUGAAUCUUUUGGAACUUAUCCGAGAUCAUACGAUCUGCUGCAUGCGGAUCAUCUCUUCUCUAGGCUCAAAAACAGGUUGACACAAUUAUUCUUGAGUUUUGCUAUUCUAUUGUACUAUUGCUUUUUUGCCUUUUUAUGAAUCUACUGUUUGACUAUGUCAUAAUAUCUAGUGACAUAGUUUUGCUUUGUGGUAAAGGCAGUCGUGAUAUUUUUAUAAGAACCUGUUUCAGAAAUUCUUACCUCAAAUUCGGGUCACAUGGCAGCAGCUGUUACUGCUGUGCGAAAGGGCACCGUUGACCUUGUCGCUUCCUGAUGACAUACUUUCUUCUUGAUGGAGAUAAACCUGAUUUUAUGAAAACAUCUCGCUGCAGGUGUAAGCAACCCAUUGUCAUUGUCGUUGAGAUGGACCGUAUACUACGGCCUGGUGGUUGGGCAAUCAUACGGGACAAGGUAGAGAUUCUUGACCCGCUCGAAAGAAUAUUGAGGAGCUUGCACUGGGAGAUUCGUUUGACAUUUGCGAAGGGCAAGGAAGGUAUUCUCUGUGCACAGAAGACCGAAUGGCGACCCUGAAUUUGCUGGUUGAAGCUUGUUGUAUGGUCUGAAAAAUUUUGUCUUGAUUUGGUGUAUGAUGUCCUGUGGAAUGAAAAUUUUGGACAUGCUGUGGUUGCGCAUCCCUUGACAGAAUCGCCCAUUCCACCUCAACCAGAAUUUUCAGGACUGUGGAAUGAGAAUGCACAGACAACUAAUUCUGAAAAUGUGAUUUUUUAUUUCUUCCUUCUGGUUGUAAUAUAGUAAACUAAAAUGGUUUCACAGCCGUGUUGCUUGUACACGCAACAGUACAAACACCGAAUACUUAGGGCCAUUGUUAAAACAGUUCUAUAGUUCUAUAGACUUUUGACAUUUAGAAAUCAAAAUCACAUCCUAGUGGAAGUUGCUUAUUUAGUAAUCCCUCUAUGGCUCUAUUCCACAAAUACUCGACAAUGUAAAUGGUAAAUUAUUUAUACUACUGAAGACUGUACAAUUUAAU